AUGGCCCCCAGCCGUAUCGAUACGCUCCAAACACAAUCCUCGGUAAUUCCACCGAGCAAGGAUCUCAAGUCUAUUGUAGACGAUGGCUAUGGCAGCUACCAUCCAGUUGAUCCGGAUACGCUCGACCUACAGUCCAACUUUGGCCCCAUGGAGCCCGGUUCAGUGGGAUACCUCCAGCCAACGUCCAUCGAUACUCCUCUUGAGAUUAUGCACGAGCGUUUUGAACGCGAUGGCUACCUGUUUGUCAAGAAGUGCAUCCCUAAAGAGACGUCACUCGCCUGUCGCCGUGCCUACUUCGAGCACAUGGCUCCCAGCGGCCUGCUGAAACCAGGCACUGACGCCGUAGAAGGAAUUUUCUCUGGCGCCGAUACUCGAAAGUACAUGCCGCCUGGCAAUUUACGUCGUUUAUUUGGCUUAAAGGACGACCCCGAAAGCGAUAAAUACGUCGAGCUCAUGGUCUCAGCCCACGAGGCGCCUUUCUACGUCGACUUCUGUCAAUGCCCAGAGCUUCGACAGUUUGUGAGCCGUUUCAUGGGCUGGAAGAACCCUCAGAUGCUGCAGCGCACCAUGCUGAGAGCUUUUGUGCCCAACAGCGAACUGACCCCUGUGCACUUUGACCAAAUGUAUCUGCGUGCAGGUCCGCCCACAAGUCUGACGGCUUGGGUUCCAAUCGGCGAUGUCUCACUCCAAGGCGGCGGUCUAAUGUAUCUCGAGAGGUCCACGGAUAUUGGGAUGAAGACUGAGCAAGACUUUGCUGAUAAUGCACACAACCUAACCGACGAAGAGAGGAUAAGCGCCUUCAACAAGAAUAUGAACGACGGCGGCUUCCUCAGCCGUGACACCGUGGCAUACGGAAAGGAAACCAAGCGCAAGUGGUUGAUUGCCGAGUACGAAGCAGGCGACGUUAUCUUCCAUAACCCCUUCAUGGUCCACGCAAGCUGCAAGAACAAGGAUCCGGAGAACAAGAUCCGUCUAGCCACUGAUGUUCGCUUCGUUGACCCCGAAAAGCCGUAUGACAAGCGUUGGAUGAAGGUGUACCGACCUCUUGACGGAUUGUAA